AUACAGCCGAAUCCAUCAAAUUCAUAGUACUUCUUUCCCAAUUCCCAACUAGUAUUUCUUUAUCUUCCCAGCUCACAAAACACACACACACACACACACACACACACAGUCUCCCUCUCUCUCAAAAAGUAAACCAUGAACAUGAUACCCACUCCUUAAGAACUGAGAAAAACACCAAAUCUGAAAUUCUGAAAUCUCAAAACCUAUUUGGGGUUUUGAGUUUUCCUGUUAAGGAAAAAAAAUGAGCUCAAAAAUCUUAAUUUUCUUCACCAUUUCAAUUUUCUUGAUUUUCCGGCGGACAACCUCAGACAUUGUUUCCGACCGGUCAACACUUCUAUCAAUCCGAUCUGCUUUACGUGGCCGUUCACUUUUAUGGAACAUAACAAGUCCAACAUGUUCUUGGCCCGGUGUUAUUUGUUCACCGGACAAAUCUUCAGUUCUCGAACUUCAUCUUCCCGGUAUGGGACUUUCCGGCCAAAUCCCACCUGGUCUUUUCUCAAAUCUUACUAAAUUAAACUUCCUUAGUCUUCGUUACAAUGCACUUUCCGGCGUAAUUCCGGCCGACUUAUUUUCUCCAUUAAAAGACUUGAAAAACUUGUACCUUCAGCAUAACCUCUUUUCCGGUCCGGUUCCUGAUUCAAUUUUCAGUCUUUCUAAUCUUGUCCGGCUCAAUCUUGCUCAUAACAAUUUCUCCGGUCCAAUCCCUUCUUCUUUCAACAAUUUGACUGGUUUGGGUACACUUUACUUGCAGGAUAAUGGGUUUUCGGGUCAAAUACCGGAUCUGAAUUUACCCGGUUUAGUUCAGUUCAAUGUGUCAGAUAAUCAGUUAAAUGGGUCAAUUCCUAGUAAACUUUCGGGUCAACCCAAGGAUUCUUUUUUGGGUACUUCACUUUGUGGGAAGCCACUUAAUUCCUGUGAUAAUAAUAAUGGAGAUGAAGGGGGAAAAGAGAAGAAACUUUCUGGUGGAGCAAUUGCUGGAAUUGUAAUUGGUUGUGUUAUUGGUUUGAUUUUGAUUCUUUUAUUACUGUUCUUUUGUUGUUGUCGGAAAAAGAGCAACAAAGAAACAACAAGAUCUGCUGACGUGGCAGGUGUUAAAGAAGUAGGAAUUGAAAUUCCUGAAGAAAAGGGUGUUGAGAGUCAUGGAGGAAAAGAUGGAUUUUUGGGUAGUGCAAUUGCAGCUAUAGGAGUUGGAGGGGGUAAUAAAGAUAAAGGAAAAGCUGAGGCAGUUGUUGGAAAUGGAAAAAGUUUAGUAUUUUUUGGAAAAAUGAAUAAAAGUUUUGAUCUUGAUGAUUUGUUGAAAGCUUCAGCUGAAGUUUUAGGAAAAGGGACAUUUGGUACUGCUUACAAGGCUGCAUUAGAAUCAGGGAUUACAUUGGUUGUGAAAAGAUUGAGGGAUGUAACUGUACCUGAGAAAGAGUUUAGGGAAAAGAUUGAAGAAGUUGGAAAAUUGAAUCAUGAGAAUUUAGUACCUUUAAGAGCUUAUUAUUAUAGUGGGGAUGAGAAGCUUCUUGUUUAUGAUUAUAUCUCAAUGGGAAGCCUUUCUGCACUUUUACAUGGCAACAAAGGAGCAGGUAGGACACCAUUGAACUGGGAAACAAGAGCUGGCAUUGCUCUUGGAGCUGCACACGGGAUUGCCUAUCUUCACACACAAGGCCCCUCCGUUUCACAUGGCAACAUUAAGUCGUCUAACAUCCUCCUCACCAAAUCAUACGAGGCCCGUGUUUCAGAUUUUGGUCUUGCUCAACUUGUCGGUCCAUCAUCAACUCCUAACCGCGUUGCAGGUUACAGGGCACCAGAGGUAACCGACCCUCGUAAAGUCUCCCAAAAAGCAGAUGUCUACAGCUUUGGCGUCUUGUUAUUGGAACUCCUAACGGGAAAGGCCCCCACCCAUUCGUUAAUGAAUGAGGAAGGCGUAGACCUACCAAGAUGGGUGCAAUCAGUCGUACGAGAAGAGUGGACAGCUGAAGUCUUUGACCUCGAACUCCUUAGGUACCAAAACGUCGAGGAGGACAUGGUUCAGCUCUUGCAACUUGCAGUUGAUUGCACUGCUCAGUACCCGGACAGACGCCCUUCAAUGGCCGAGGUCACUAGCCGCGUUGAAGAACUCUGCCGUUCUAGCUUCAUGGAUUCUGGAGCUGACACAAUUGACAAUGCAGAAGUGGAAACUGCAUGAAAUUGAUCAAGAAAAUAGUUCCAUCACAUUAUUUCCUUUUUUUCCCUUUUUUUUAACGUUUUCGAUUGAGCAUUUUAAUUUCUCUGUUCAUUCUUGGAGAUUCUUCAGUGAAGAUCAAUUGUUCAUUUUUUUUUUCUGGAUUUAAUUUUCUGUAGCAACAAAGUUUCAGUAAGAUCUGGUUGGCAGUUGAAGUGGGGUUGGUUUUUAGAUAUUAAUGUAUUCUUUUUUAAAGGGUGUGAGAUGUAUAAAUAAUUGAGAUGACCUUCUAGUUACAACUCAUUGCACA